AUGCAAAACAGCGGAAUGACAACUCAUAACGAUUCAGAAGAAAUUCGUUAUGUGAUAAUUGAUGAAAAUUUGGAAAAUGGUGGAACAUCUGAUAGCUACUCAUUUACAGUAUCCGGAUCGACGGUAUAUCAUCAAAAUUUAUUAUCAUCACAGCAGCAUCAUUUUCAACUUCAGCAACAGCAACAACAGCGAGACCAACAAAUGCUUAGAUAUGAUUGUACUCUUCAAAAUGAAUCAUCAACUUCAACGUGGGUGGAUAAUUCAUUCAGUGUGCCGGUUUCGAAUAAUACACAUUAUUUGACACGAUGUAGCGUUUGUGAUGCUCUUUUUGAUUUGGAGGAAUAUUUAAAUCACACCAAAAAUUGUCGAUUAGAAAAGUGUUACAAAUGUGAUGUAUGUGGUAAAGAAUAUAACAAGGAGCACAAUUUAAAGCUACACCGCCUUGGACAGCAUGAUAAAGCAGUGGUUGAAAAUGAUAAGUAUAUAUGUUCAUUCUGUCCAAAAAAGUAUGCUCGACUGGCCGCCUAUUAUGCGCAUCUUCAAAUCCAUGCCUUGAACGAUUCGCUUAUAUGUACAUUUUGUAAAGAAGAAUUUGAUUUUCAGGCACUUUUAAACAAGCAUUUACGUCUGCAACAUUGCUAUCCUCGUUUGGGAGAUAUCACUACUGUUGAAAUUUGCAAGAAAUGUGGUAUUGCUAUUUUUAGCAAAGAAGCAAUGGAUGAACACAAACAAAUGCACCGGAAAAUAAAUAAGACAAUGAAAAGAAAUAAACGGAAACGUGAAUCUAAUCUUGGUGAUAGAGCUCAUAAAUGCGAGGCAUGUGGCAAAACUUUUAAAAAAAAAUUUGAAUUGAUGAGACAUUAUGUUGUCCAUACAAAAGAACGUCGCUUCGUUUGUGAAAUUUGUGGAAAACGGUUCUCUCAAAAAGCUUCUCUGGGGCAGCAUACGCUAACUCAUAAUGCAUCUACUGCCCAAACUCAUAAAUGUUCACUUUGUGAUGCAACUUUCUCACAAGCUGGGAAUUUACGUCGUCAUGUGAAACUUUUGCAUCCUCCAGAUGCUACAUCACGUCCAGUUUUUCGAUGUCUCAAAUGUACUUGUGUGUUCACUUCAUUGCAGCCACUACAAGUACAUGCUCGAAAACGGCAUCCAGAACAAGUAUAUCUGAAAAAUUCUACGAUCGCCGAAGAAGGAAUUGUUAAUCUACAGAAACAAAACAAAGAGCGUAAAUUUUGUUGCUGCGUGUGUGGGAAGAUUUUCGGCAAGACAUCAGAUUUAGUGCGGCAUUAUCGAAUACAUAGUGGUGAACGACCAUUUUCAUGUAAUCGAUGUGGCCGAGAUUUUAAUUUGAAGUCUUCAUUAAAGUUACAUAUGGAUAGUCAUGUUCGUGCUGAUCAUCCCGAUAAUUACUACACAUGUGCACGAUGCCCUGUUUGCAUGAAACAGUUAGCAUCGACACCAUCAUUACGUCGUCACCUCAAAAUCCAUGAAAGACCGUUAGAACAUUGUGGAGUGUGUUCACAAAUUUUCCUGAGCAAAAAGGCGUUGGAGCAGCAUCAGAUAGCCUGUUUAACAGCAAAUGCUGAAGUUGGUUCGUCUGGAAGUUUGCUGGAACUUCUGCCACCCACUGAAAUUACCUCUGUAAACCCCGAGCCAGAACGGAGACCAUAUAAAUGUCGCACGUGUACGGCAUCAUUUUCGACACUUCGCCGUCUGAAGGAGCAUAUUAAUCGACAUACGGGCAUUAAACCGCACAUAUGCCGAUUAUGCUAUAAGUCAUUUUAUUCCUUAGCCCAGUUAAAAUAUCACAGCGAGAUACAUACCAACAAAAGGCCAUUUAAAUGUUUAACCUGCGAUCAAACAUUCAGGCGCCGUUCUCAACUAAAAGCACAUACAAGCAAACAUCCACGACCCAACAGCUUGAUGAAUUUUGAAUCUCUUUCAUGGUCACCCGAUAAUUUAUUUAGUAAAAGUGUGCAAGAUGAUAAUGCUCACUUUAGUGAAAAUGACCUCAGUAACUUUGAUUUUUCGUCUUUGGAUGCUGAUUCGAAACAGUUGAAUAUUGAUAGUUCAACUGAGGCAUCGUAUUUGAAUACUUGUUUAAUAUCACAGAACUGCGAUCUAAUAAAUGGUUUGGCAGUUGAAAAAUCUCAAGAAACCCGUUGUCCUGUGUGCUUUUUUAGUUUUAGUUCAGAUGCUACUUUAUCAACUCAUUUGUACAAUAUGACUUCUGAUCCGCUGCACAGUCUUCCUAUCCUGGCAUGUAAUCAUUGCUCAAAAACCUUUUCCGGAUGUGUCAGUCUUGCAGAUCAUUUGCAAGCAUUCCACCGCACAAAUCAGCAUGAAGAACGAAGUUUUACCUGCGAUACAAAUUUCUUAUUGAAAGAAGACCAGCGGUCGCAUGUAUGUGAUGUAUGCGAUCGGCGAUUCAAAAAACCAUCAGAUUUGGUGCGGCAUAAGAGAAUUCACACAGGUGAGAAACCCUUUUCAUGUGGGAUAUGUGAUCGAUCUUUCCGUGUUAAAUCGACUUUAUAUCAACACUUGAAAAUACACGAGGAUUUGGGUAAUGCACGUGAAAUGUGUUCAUUGUGUAAGCGAUGCUAUUGUUCUUUGUCAGCUUUACGACAGCAUCUAUAUUUAGCUCAUGCAGAAGAGAAAUCUUUCAAAUGUACGGAUGAAACAUGCAACGAACGAUUUAAGACUGCUCGUAGCCGUGAUGCGCACGUGAGACAAUUCCACUCGUACGUAACUGUUGAUGGUAUUGAUGGCGUUGCGUCUUCGCUUGCCAUCAGUGAUCAAUUUCAGGCAACUGCGUCGCAACUGGCGCCUGAUCCUAAAAAUGCGGGAUGUGUGCAGCCUUCGUUUAAUUCUGCUUUUUCAUGUAUUUCAAGCAGGGACGUUAAUGGUACAGCAACGCAUCUUGUGUUAAGAUUGCAACCGCAUUUGAAUCCACAAACAGUUGAAGUGACAGUUAAUGAAAUUUCUGUUAGUGAUGUAAAUGAAAUAAAUAACUGUGGUGCGAUUGUAAUUCCAAUGCAAAUGCUGCGCUCAUUAUCACCAGGAGGUGUAAUGCUUCGAAUUGCUGUUUCAUAUCCAUUCUUGAAUGCUGGUUCAUUUAUCAUUGUCGACUCGCAGCGCAUGUUUACUUUUUUAUCACGAAAAGAAACAGAUACUAUAGUGGUACCGGUGAAUGCUUCCGUUGAACUUACCAAUUUACCAUUAAGUUUAUAUACAAGUGUGGAAGAUUUCGACUCUUUAGCACAGCCGCCAACAUUCAUUUCGAAUUGUGUCAUUUGUGAUGAAAGUUUUUCCAGUCAGGAAGAAAGUGAUGCACAUUUCGGUAGUGAAGAUCAUGAAACGGCACAGUUUUUCUCGCUCCCACAAUUAACCCGUCAUUUGGAUGGAACAACAGCUACAGUGAAUAAUGAUCAUUUUCAGCCGUUUAUGACGAGAAUGGAAGUGUGUAAGCUUUGUUUGGAGCAAUUUCAAGAUCGAGAAUGUUUGCUGGCACAUAUUCGUCGAGAGCAUGAACGAGACAGUAUUGAUUUGUUUGACCGCAAUGAAUUGUUAAUUUGGCGUCGUACUUUAAAUUAA